UUCACUGUAGGCUACAUUAAAACAGUGAAGGUAAUAAAAAUGGAGUUAGGGAAGGACAAACCAGGUUCCCGUGUUUUGGCAGUGGCGCUGCCAUUAUCAAUCGGGGUUGGUGUAGCGAUCCUGGCUGGGGCUGUACUGCGGGCAAGGAUGAAAAGGAGGCGCUGGGGUAAGCAAGUGAGAGAUUUCGAAUGGGGCCGACAUAAUUCUUCUUCUGCAGGAAUGCACGAUUUCAGCUUUUUUCCUGGCUUACCUGAAAAAUUAGAGUAUAAGGAUAUCAUGGCUGCGACACAAGGUUUUAGCAUGAAAAUAGGAUCCGGUGGAUAUGGAACAGUAUAUAAAGGUACCCUUGUCGAUAGGACGGAUGUAGCAGUGAAAAGGUUGGACUGCUCGGGUGCUGAGGCGAAGAGGGAAUUCCUAACUGAGAUUGCCGCCAUUUCAAGAAUUCACCAUGUCAACCUCGUUGGACUAAAGGGAUUCUGCAUACAUAGAGGACAGAGGUUUUUAGUCUACGAGUAUAUGAACCAGGGGUCGCUGGACAGGACUCUUUUCCACGGCGAACCUGUUAUGGAAUGGAAGGAAAGAUUUAAAAUUGCACUAGGAACAGCAAGAGGAUUGGAGUACCUGCACACCUGCUGCGAGCACAAGAUCAUACAUUGUGACGUCAAGCCAGAGAACAUCCUCCUCCACGACAACUUGCAGGUGAAAGUCUCUGACUUCGGUCUCUCGAAGCUGCUUACCCGGGAGCAGUCGGGCUUCUUCACACUUAUGAGGGGAACACGGGGCUACAUUGCGCCCGAGUGGCUGACAAACACUGCAAUUUCAGAGAAGACAGAUGUGUACAGUUAUGGAAUGGUGCUACUAGAAAUAGUAAGUGGCAAGAAAAAUUUCUUUCUCCAACCAGACUGCGACUACGAUGGGAACUCUCCGUUUUCAGAGUAUGAGCACAGGCAAGUUAACUUCCCUUUGUGCGCAUUAGAAAUGCACUUGGAAAGACGGUAUCUAGAGCUGGUUGAUCCCAGGAUAAUGGGUCGAGUCACCUGUGAGGAAGUGGAGAAGCUUGUGCGGGUGGCGCUGUGCUGUGUGCACCAAGACCCAAACUUGAGGCCAUCAAUGUCUGAUGUGGUGAGAAUGCUGGAAGGUUUGCAAGCUUUGGCGGAGCCGAGGACCGAAUCACUCAAUUUCUUGAAGUUUUAUGACCCUGCAGCAUUAGUUGAGAACAAUGUGGAGAGAGAGGUUGUCUUACAAAGGCAAGAAACAAGUUAUCCGAAAGUUCCAAAGAAUUCUUUCUCUCAUAUGUCUUCCCAGCAAGUUUCAGGUCCUAGAUGA